ACUUUAUCCUGUUUGCCAAAAUGUGUACCUGCUCGAGACCUCUGUUCAUGCAUGGCGUCCUGGGUCCCCGUGUUUGGCAGGGAAAUAUUUGUUUCCUGCAUCUGUGUUGGGGUUCUAUCACAUACCAAGGAGGAGGCACCACUGACCUUUCGGAAAGCAGAGAGAGAAUUAUGAUAGAAUUGGCAUCCUGCUUUGAAAAAUGUAGUCUUUUGUUUAUUUGCUAGCAGACAUCGUAGCACUGAAUACAUCUUUGGGGCUGACAAUGGGACCGGGUGAACAAUGGAGCUGUCAAACUAGCUUAAUGCAUGUCUGGGGCUUUUGCUUUUCUUUUUUUCUUUUUUAACACCCUUUUUAUCUCCUAUAAUCUUGUUUGUAUAGAUGGUACAGAAUGAAAAGCUUUUAUAGCUGCUUGUUUGUGUUUUUAUGCUUUUAAAAAUUUAGUAUCUACAGUUCAUGGAGCUCUUUACAUUUUGCAGCUAUGUUGGUUGGAUUAAGUUAGAGAUUUAUUGCUUACCUCUCUGUUAACUAAAGAAAAAAAAACUUAUUGAUUGAGAAUGCUUGUAAUGCCGUUAUCAUUCUGGCAAAUACCUUAUGAUUAGACCCGACUCUAUACUAUGGAAUGCUUGGGGAUUCUGAAUUUGCCAUUUGAUGAACUUAUGGGACGUGCCAUAAAAGAGAAGUUAAAAGGGAUAUUUUUAAUGUUUAAGUACAUUAUAAUUUAUAGUCUGAACCUCCCCCUUUGGGCAUCCAUGUAGAUAAAGAGUAGAGAAAUUCAAGGACAAGUGAAGACUUUUUCCCAUCACAAUUUUGGUGGCAAAUUAUUACUAUACAGCCUAUUAAGUUGUUAAGUAAAAUUUGGUCUCUGUGGGAUAUAUUGAUUUUUGAUUUAUGCCUAUAUCCUCAUAAAAUGCAUUUCUACUCAGGAAAAAUGUUUCUCACCUCUUCAAAUACCUUUCAUUUUGUAAGAUAAACACUCAUUUCUAGGGUGAAGGCAGUGAGAAUUUAGAAAGAGAAAAUAGAAAAAUCUGUUUCAAACUUCUCAAAUAUUGAAACCAGUCUUAUUUCCACAUUAGAGGUAAAAGAACUGGCCCUUGAAUACUGAAGGAAAACUGAUUGACAAGAACAUCAUCCUAAGGCUGAUUUCCAUGAAGAAUAUAUCUUAUCUAAUGUUUUGCUUAAUUAGCUGCUUGUGACAAAACAAUAUAUCAAAAUGCAUUAGUAAACUUGGAAAGAUUAGGACUUAAUUUUAAAUAACAGAAAGAAGUUCGCUUUAAAAGGUAAAUUUUUGAAAAAUAUAUUGAGUUGCAGGUGUUUCCUUUUGGAUUAUAUUUUAGUGCAAAUUUGUGAUGUCCCCAGUAAAUAAGGAACAAGAUGUAUUACUUGGGAAAACAUGAUUUGGAAACAUUAGCUAUUUUUAAGAGUUUGAACAUGAAUUUCAAAAUGUUUAAUUUCAGCUGAAAUGUUAUGAAAUAUUUAAUGCAGAAUUACUGAUACAAAUGUGAUCACCUUCUCAAGUACUGACAAUAUUGACAAUAUUUUUAGAACCAAGCUGCACCCAAAACAUACAUAUGUGGUAUAAUAAUAUUUUUAAAGUUAUCCAUUGUGAAGGGAGAAGAUUUUAAAUGCAUACUUAUUUUCUCUCACUUCCUAUGGGAUCUGAACUGCUGGUUCCAUCGGGUAUACGUAUAAUUGCUUUUAGGAUGAGCUCAUAAAAAGUAAUUGGUGAAGCUUUGGAUCUGAGACUGACCUGCCGUUACUAGCACACCCAGAUUCUGCUUUCAUGGGAAAUUUCUAUUCCAAGACAAAGGUUGCCAGCUGAUUUCUUGUGAAUUUCAAGAAAGUCGUCUGUCCUCUCUAGCAGCUUGUCAUUAGCCCAUUUCAAUAAAGAAAUCUCCUGGAAACCUCCAUGUUGAAUUUUUGACUGAAUUACCAAUUAUUUAACUGUGAUGUAUUCAUUUUGAUUUCCUGGGUGAUCAUAGUUAGGUGCAGAAACAAGGGGAAUCUCUUCUUACUUGGCUUACUUCUCUGUUGAUUUGAUCCAUUACCAGCUUCUAGAAUUUGGACGACCCCACCCCACCCCACGUUCCAGCAUCCAUCAAACAGCUGUCUUUUCCUUUAACCUGAGGGAAAAGGUGUGAGAUUCCCAGGAGUUGGCAAACUUGUCUACAUGUAUUUCCACAAUAGUAACAAGAUCUGUAAUCUGUAUCCUGCUACAAGCUUCUGUUGUGAUGAUCCCACUGGAUGGAGUGACCGAAACAAAUGUCAAAAUAAAACUUCAUUCUAAGCCCCAACCUGCAGAAAAGAAAUCGCAGAAGAGUCAAACUGGGACAAUGGUUCCUUUCAAUAGAGAGUAAUGACUGCUCUCAAAGUCUCUUCACACAGGAGCCUAGGGAAUAUUCACGUAGGGGUAUUCAGCAGACCACAGAGUGAGAUCUGUAAUCUCAGUGCAUUAAAAUUCUCUUUUACUUGUUAAAAUGAAAACUGACCGUUUUUGGUUUUGAAAAUAUAAGUAUAAACAAUUGCAACUAUCUUUCUGGGGCUGAAAAAUAAAGAGGAAUGUUUUAUUAAUAUUCAUAUCUAGAACUUUUAGCAAGUGUAGAUUGUGCUUGUAUACCUGGGAAGUGAUUCAAAGAGUGAAUCAAUACUAAUUAUUGUAAUCAGGGGGGUUAAUUAGGUGAGAAUGUGGCUGCUGCAAAGUUCAUUGCUCACAGCCCUGGAAACACCCAGGUUGAUGAAAAGAAAGGUGAAUUCAGAAGGAAGGAUGUUACGUGGGAAUGAUGGCUCUGUAGUUCAGGCGUCAGAAUUUGUAGGUGAAAAACAUACCUUGAUUUUUUAUAAUUGUGGUAGUGAGGGCAUUAGGAAAUCCAGCUUAGUUUCUGGUGUAGAGAUUUCUGUGAAAGUCAUUAACAGAAUACAAUUUGUUUAGAGGCAUCUUCUGCUCCAUAGCAUUUAUCUGUACUUCUCUGGGGAGGGUAACGAGUUCACUCAGCGGCAAUAAUGCCUUUCUGUAGCAUGUUUAUUAGCCUUUACUGCAUUUCUGUCUAACAUUUUGGUAAUUCCUGGGGAAUGCGUUGGAGAGGAUGGGUCCCAUUUCAUAAAACUAUCAAUUGCUUCCCUAAGUGUCAUGGGGUUUGGGAGUUUUUCUUAACUACCAGUGACUUUUAUUUUGUAGACAAGACAGAGAUGUGGAGGGGAUUAAAACUUGUUGCCUUUUACCUAGCUGAUAUUGGGAAGAGGGUGUCUGAGGAGGGAAGACAUGGGUGAGAGUGCAAUGCUGCUACUCAUUCAGAAUUACAAGGAAGUGUGCAUUCCAGAGCUCAAGUGCUUGUCCGAUCAAAUGGCAUCUACCUACAGAUAUUAGACUAAGAUGGAAGCAAGAUGGGAGAGGAGGAGAAAGGGGGAAAGAGAGAGAAAGGGAGAGGGAAAGAGACUGAACAUGCAGUAAACUCAGAGAUGUGGCUGCCUAACCUUGGUCUGGGAUGAAGUAUACUUUGUUCCCAAACUUACCCUUCAAGGAAUGUCAUUAGUGAUUAUCACCUACAAGUGUGCUGAUCUUGACCUCAGAUUUCUUCCGUGUGAUUUUCCCUGCAUGUCAAGACUGUCCAAGUUCCCAGGAAAUGGCCUCUGUGGAGAGAAGGUGACACAAGCCCAGAGUGACAUGUGUUCUGAGGGCAACAUGAGCUCCUGCCACCUCAGCCCGUUUGGGUUGACCUGCCCGUGAUUGGCUGUUCAGGAUGGUGAUGAAUCACUGGGGUUUAUGAAGCCGGGUUGCCAGCAUUCCCCCGGAGAAAACUUAAACAGAUUUUCCUGCAAAAUGACUAAUUUCAACAAAUGUUGUCGUUAGGGUGAAGAAAAGCUUGAGGUUUAAAGUUAUGAGGCUGAUACACCUGCAAGAUUGGUGGCAUUUUUUUCCCAUCCUCUUCUUAAGAAAGCUUGCAGCUGAAGUCAGUAAAAGCUCUGGGUUGGAACUUACAGACAGCAUGGCUGGCUUCUAGCAGGUGUGUGCACUGCCUUGCCUGGGCAUAGCUGAUUCUCCACGCAGAAACCAACAAGCUGCUCUUUACCACUGCUGGAAAACUGUCCAACUCAGUCACACCAGGGCUUCAGGCCCUGCUAUGUUUCUCAUGUCUUGCUUAUUGAAUGCAUUGGUCUGGGACUCCAGCUCUCUUUUGGGGUGUGUAAGGAGUUUACCUGCACAUUUAUAUAUGCUCUAAGAUCCUGGCUGUAAUUGAAACUCACUAAGUUGGUGGUGGGUGAUAGGACCUCCUGGCCCAUCAGUGAGAACCCAUUUUGACCUUGUCUUUCAUAACUGACUUGAUAAAAGGACAUGGGAACCACAUUCCACACCCACAAGCUCUAAGCCUGCUCUCCAUAAACCUUAACCUUUCUCUUCCCUCAGGUUUGGUUGCAGAGCCUAGAUUUAUCAGUGAAAACUCCAAUGCUACAAAGAAUAAUAGGGUGAAAACUAGUUUUCUCUUGUUCCAACUGCCUGUUCUAAUUUUCAUCAAAGAUUAGGAGGGGGGAAUGUUAGGAUAGAAUUAAGAAAAAAGGAUAAAAUUUACUAAUGGUUUAUUCUAUGUCUAGCACCACACUUUGUGGUUACUUUUAUCUUGUAUCAUUUAGUCCACAAAGAUAUCUGAAAGUCAGUGGUAGGUGUUAUUCCCAUUUCAAAGGUGAAAAAACUCGGACUGAGAGGGGUUAAAUCAUGGGCCCAUAGACACAUAGACCUGUGGUGGUUGGGACUGGCACUUUGGGAACCAUAGCUUCCUCUGGUACUGGUUUCUACUUUAGGCUUUGGUUAGUGCAAGCCUCCUAGUUUUUACCAGCGGACAAUUCAGUAAGAAGCCAUCAUCUAGGAUCUGUGGUCAAACCACUGCUCAGAGGUUAGCAUUUCAGGUGCUCAGGCCUUCCUAAAUUACCGUGUGUUUAACCUUCCUUACUGUCCAAAGCUGUUUGGGGAAGAGUCUCGGAAAAAUGGAGAAUGGUGAUGAAAGAGAAAGAAUUGGGGAAUAAGAAAGGCAAAAUCCUUGAAAGCAAUUUUAGCUCCUGAGUUCUAACUUCUCUCUGUGUCUUUACUUCAUUGUUCGAUCUUGGAGCAUCCUAUGCCUCACUUCUCAUGGGCUUUUAUCUGUAUAAUGGGAACAAACAUUGGAAGGGAUAUAUUUAUAUUAUAUAUAUUUAUAUUUUUCAAGCAUUAUGAGAUGAAAAUGUGGAUUUUUAUGUGUAUCAAUUUCCAAAAUAUGCUAUACUGCAGCCCAUCAAUCAAGCAACAAAUGUAUGUAUUGUGUUCAAUAAAAGUCCUCGCUUGGGCCCUCAAGCAGCUCACAACACUCAUGGGACAACAAGAAAACAGUGGGUGAGAAGGCAUCCAGUGUUAAAUUGCAGAGAAAAGGGAGUUGAACUGGGCCUUGAAGGAGGAGCAGCGUGGGAGGAGUGCAGACGAAAGGGAAGAUGUCAUUAGAACACCAGCGUUUAUGUUUGUUAUCAAAGCAGAGCAAGACAAAACCCUUGCCUUAAUCACCUUCCUUCCUCACACCCCACAGCCAUUCACAUCCCUCCUCUUGAACCUUGCCAUUUUCCUAUGAAAUAGGGCAAAUGCUGCUAUUAACAUUAACAGAGCAUGGAAGCACUCAGCAAUAGAGAAAAGACAUAGCACAUUCUCUCAACUUGGGUAGAUAGAGCUAUGCCACAUUUCCAUGAAGAUUUGGGGUAGUUCUUUUUAAGAAAAAGGAAAAAAAAAUUCUCCUAAUAGACUUCAUGGGAAUUAGCAUCAAAAGCAAAUUUAAAUAAAAAGCCAUUUGGGAUUUUCAAAAACCUCUUUCACUGCCUAAAAAUGGCUAGAGAUUUGAACCAUAUUAUAGGGAAAAAAAUAAAUUUCCUGUGCUCAAAACCUUGAUGUAUUUUCAACCUACAUGUCACUUUAAUAGCUUGGUUAUAUAAUUGCUGUAGUAAUAACUAGGUUAACACAUUGUGCAUCUCAUCUGAGGAUCACGGUAGGCUUCGGUUUUUCAGCCAUUCAUCCAUACUAGGAAGUAGUAGUUGUGCAUGAGACAAAGGUCUAGCUGGUGAAUCAUAAAAUUAAAUCACCUGGCCCCAGUGUCAAUCAACUCAUGAACAUAAUAAAGUGCAGAAUCCAACAGGUUUGGUUUAUAAAUUCCAUAAUCUUUUCACUCGUUUGAAAGUAGCAUUUGUCCCACCGUCUGAUCUGCACACACCAGAUCAUAUGUCUUCCGUCCUGGUAGCUAGAAGCUGUUUGGUGGGGAUCAGUUAUCUUUGUGAGUAAAGUGGAUUCGUGCGCUUUGUUUUACAGAAACCCUAGCUUUUGCUCUCUUAAUCCUCACUCUUUUCCAAGAUGUAUUUUCUUCUUCAGAAAAAGCAGAGACAUUCAGGCCAAUGGGGCUGUUAGGCUGUUACGACCCCACAGAGUCCUUCUUAAGUUGCAAUUUUCAUUCUUGCCAAGAUCUGUCCCAGACAACCACACCCAAAAGCUUAGACUGUUCAAUUCUUCUCUUUCUGCCCCACCUGUUGCUUCUUUCUCUGGGACCUAAUGUUAUGCCCUAAGUGUGUCCUCCCAGCUGUUGCCACUCAGCUGUUGCAUUUUGUCAAACAGUGCUUUCUCCCCACCCCAACCCCCCCCUUUUUUUUUUAAAGUUAACAACACGUGACCAUAAGAUAAGCACCUUUGGCCCUUUGGGAAGACUAUGUGGAGAGGGUAGGGGUGUUGAAGGGUGGAUUGUGAGACAGUUAAAAACCUCACUUCGAUAAGUAUAAAUUGUGCUCCUGCCGCCAAGCUGGCACCAGAUAAGGGCACCUGGUAUAGUUGGACAAAUCUUCCAGAGGGAACUGAAACAUUGCUUCUAAGAACUGUUUUUUUUUUUUUCCCCCAGAGUGCCUUCCAUGUGCAAAUCACUGUGCUAGACAGGGAAGCCUUUUUUGUCUCCCCGCCCUUUCCCUAGGCUUCUCCUUCUCAAUUUUCACAUCCUAUUUACUCACUUCAUGGUCCACAGUCUUGCCUCCUCUCCCUCCUCCCGCUCCUCCCCCUCCUCCUCCUGGGUAGUGUCUGGAAAGGAAUCCCACUGUUCAAUGCAAAGACAGCUGUUCCUAGUUCAGAAAUCAGCCUUGGUCAAGGCAAGUCAAACUCGAUUUCUCUCUCGGAUAAAGCAGCCCACCACCCCUCGCUUCUCUUUGGUAGUCACCAACCUCCACAGACACACAGCUGUGGAGGAAAGCUUCAGACACUGACUUCCAUUUAAGAGAGAACGGGCAGAGAGGAGAGACAAAGCUGUUGCAGUGGUAUAAUGGAGAAAGGACAAAAAGAAGGCAAGGGCAAGUUAGGGAGGGAGAUGAUGAGAUGGUUGGGCUCUGGGUCUGAGAGAUCCAGGGCGUUCAUAUUGCACCCCCUUGGAAUGGAAGCUUCUGAAAAUCCUAGAGGGGCGUCUCAGGAGCAUGUUCGCAGUAACGGCACAGCCAACAAGAUGAACGGAGCUUUGGAUCACUCAGACCAGCCAGACCCAGAUGCCAUUAAGAUGUUUGUCGGACAGAUCCCCCGGUCCUGGUCCGAAAAGGAGCUGAAAGAACUUUUUGAGCCUUACGGAGCCGUCUACCAGAUCAACGUCCUCCGGGACCGGAGUCAGAACCCUCCCCAGAGUAAAGGUUGUUGUUUCGUAACAUUUUAUACAAGAAAAGCUGCACUUGAGGCCCAGAAUGCACUGCACAAUAUUAAAACUUUACCUGGGAUGCAUCAUCCCAUUCAGAUGAAACCUGCAGAUAGUGAAAAGUCAAACGCCGUGGAAGACAGAAAAUUGUUCAUAGGAAUGGUUUCGAAGAAGUGUAAUGAGAAUGAUAUCAGGGUGAUGUUUUCUCCAUUUGGCCAGAUAGAAGAAUGCCGGAUUCUCCGGGGACCCGAUGGGCUGAGUCGAGGCUGUGCGUUUGUCACAUUUUCUACAAGGGCAAUGGCACAGAAUGCAAUCAAAGCCAUGCAUCAGUCUCAGACCAUGGAGGGCUGCUCUUCACCUAUCGUGGUGAAGUUUGCUGAUACUCAGAAGGACAAGGAGCAAAGGCGCCUCCAACAGCAGCUUGCACAACAAAUGCAACAGCUCAACACUGCCACCUGGGGGAAUCUGACAGGUCUGGGCGGACUCACUCCACAGUACCUGGCGCUCCUGCAGCAGGCCACCUCCUCCAGCAACCUGGGUGCGUUCAGUGGCAUUCAGCAAAUGGCUGGCAUGAAUGCUUUACAGUUACAGAAUCUGGCGACGCUGGCUGCUGCUGCAGCCGCAGCCCAGACCUCAGCCACCAGCACCAAUGCAAACCCUCUCUCUACCACGAGCAGCGCCUUGGGAGCCCUCACGAGUCCCGUGGCUGCUUCAACCCCUAACUCCACUGCUGGUGCAGCCAUGAAUUCUCUGACCUCUCUUGGGACUCUGCAAGGAUUGGCUGGAGCCACUGUUGGAUUGAAUAAUAUUAACGCACUAGCAGGUACCAUAAACAUUGCUCAAAUGCUCUCAGGUAUGGCGGCUCUCAAUGGAGGACUUGGCGCCACAGGCUUGACGAAUGGCACGGCUGGCACCAUGGACGCCCUCACCCAGGCCUACUCAGGAAUUCAGCAGUAUGCGGCAGCCGCACUGCCCACUCUGUACAGCCAGAGCUUGCUGCAACAGCAGAGCGCUGCGGGUAGCCAGAAGGAAGGUUUUGUUAGCUACGACAAUCCAGUCUCUGCACAAGCUGCUAUACAGGCUAUGAAUGGCUUUCAGAUCGGCAUGAAACGCUUGAAGGUGCAGCUGAAGCGCUCCAAAAACGACAGCAAACCUUACUGAUCCUAACCCCAGAGGCUCCCUGCUCUUAUUUUAGCUUUCUUAGGACAUCUUCAUGCCCGUUAGUUCAUCGUUUGCCUAGCAUGUCCCUGUGGCGUCUCAAAAAAAAAAAAAAAAGUUUCAUCGUCCCGUCAUUGUUUCUGAUGUCUUUCUGACCUCACAUCAUAUUUGGUUCUCCUACUGACCUUUGAUCUAGUUUGACCUUUGAAAUUUGCAUGUGACCUCAUCUAGCUAUGAAUUCUGGGAAGUCAAUGUGAAAAACAUUGCUGCAUUCAUGCAAGACUGAAAUUUAUUAUUAGACAAAUUAAUUAUAGAAAAAAACCUGUGGCAAAAAUGUUUCUUUCGUAUUUUUUUUUCUUUUCAUAAAACAGACUUGAAAGUAUUAUACAGGGAUUGGCAUUCUUCCCGGUCACUGGUAACAAUAGCAAUAUGUGUCCAGGGACACAGAAUGUUGGUUUCUAACAGACUACUUCCAAAAACAGUUUGAGAAAAAAACUGUCUGAUUUUAAGUCUCUAGAGGUCUGUAAUAGUUUUUACAUUUUUCAGGCAGUGUAAAGUUUUUUGAUAAGGCCAUUUUAGGUGGCUCACUUUCUCAUUAAGAUAUAUAUAUAGAACCACUUUUUGUAGAUUAGUAUAAGAAAAAUAUUUACCCUGUUUUGGGGCAAAUGCUACCUAUUUGUGUCACCUUUUGCUGAACUGACUCACAGUUAGACAAUCCAUGGUUUAAUGCACAUGAAAUUACCUAUAUUUUAUACUGUUUCAAUGUACAGGAGAAAGGUUACUGUAAACUGUGUUCUGUUGGUGCUUCUGUGAAUUCAGUUGUGGUUUCAUCAUGAGUCUUACGGUCUUAAUGUUCUCUGUCGAUAAGACAAGUUUAGAAUUGGUUUACUUAAAAGAAUUUCAAAAAAAAAGUUGUUUGCUUAAAAAAAAUUUCAUGUGAGGGGGAAAAAAAAACCUAUUCCAGAAUAAGUUUUGUGUUGGCUUGUGAAGCAUUGAUGUCAUUUUUUUUUUAUUGUGGACUAUUUAGAUGUGUUUGUGUUCAGCAAAAUGUGAUUUUUUUUUUUCUUUUAAAGAAAAAAAGUGAAAAUAUAUAGUGCCAAAUUCCAAAGGUACUUCCUUCCUAGAGCUUCAGUGUGUUUCUUGUGAGAAGUAAUUUGAUAACAUGGGUAUUUUAUUAUGUGUUUUGUAUAAAUCCCUAAUAUUUAAAAAAAGGUUAAAAAGUUUGUUAACUUGCUAUCCUGUGGUCUUGUUGCCUGAAAUUGUUAUUGUUUGUUAUUUCUCUAUGAUGUUUUUUGUAAGACAUUGUAUAAGUGCCCAUGUCUCACUUUUUUAACCACUCUGCACAUCAAUGCUGUGAAGGCAACCUCACAAUGUAUUUUCUUCAUAAUAUAUGGAAACCUCUAAGGUGAGAAAGUUUUGAACUUUUAACCCUUUCUACCCAGAGCUAUCUGGAAUGUUGUUGAUACUUUUUUAUACUAUCAUCAUUUGAGUUUGUUUUGGGGUGUUUCCAAUUUGGAUUUCUCCCCCCUGCAUAGAUCAUGAGGGGUUUUUUUUUUUCUUUUUGUUGUUGUUUUUCUCCUCCUUUGGUUGACAUACAAGUGGAAAAAACACAAGGCAACUCUGAAGGGGAAAAAAAAGCUUUUUUGCUCCUACACCAUUUUCAUUUUUUUUUAACUUCUGGUUAUUUCUGGUUAUUUUUGAAGAAUUCCUACUUUGCUGCUGGAAUUCUUACUUCAGUUUCAGUUAAAAAUAGUUUAUUAGAUUAAACGCUAUGAGGGGAAAAGGUAGAGUCAUCACUUAAAUACAUCUUAAAAAUGCUGUAUGCUUUUCAGGUCGGGUUACUGGUAUGUUGUAGUGCAGAGUAUGUUCCAAUGUGUUGCAGUUAAAUGACGGUGCUGGGAGAGUCUUUCAAAGGAUUUUGCUUCUGCAAAGUAAAUACUCCUAAUCAGCCCUUGUGCUGGGAAUUCUCUGACCCAGUGAGUGGAUACUGCUGAAUACCCAAGGUGUCUGGAAUUAGGAGCCCAGUAGCCUUUUCCUUGCCAUUUUACAACGACUGAAUGCAUUUAAACGGGCCUGACAUAGCAGCGGGGCCCAGUGCUGCAUCAGUCGCUGACCAAACAGCGAGCACCAGUUCCUGCUGCCACUCUUGAAAGUGCCAUACCGCUGACUGACUUUCUGCGAACAAGAGACCUUGCUGUCUUGACAAACCCUGAUGUCACACCCACAGCCCCAACACAGACUACAGCCAUUCUGGAAGCUUCUUGUUCCUAGCUCCCUUUCCUUCCCCCACUUCCCAGUCAGCACCCUGUUUGGUUUCAUGUGUGUGUGGAUGCGAUAGCCCUGGGAUGGAAAGGACUAGCCUCUAAUGAUGCAAAAAAAAAAAAAAAAUUAAAAAAAAAAAAGUUUCCUUCUCAUAGCACAUGCACUUACACUGAAGCGAUUUGUAUUUUCCUCACACGCGUUUACUACUGCUGGGGCCUUCCUUCAUCCUCUGAGGGCUAUUUUGUACUUCGUGCAGCACUCAGCUUAACAACAGUCACCCCACCCGUCUCUCUCAUGUGGAUUAUAUGGUGGUGUGGAGAUACACAGUUUGAAAUCCAUAGGCCAUUUCAUUCAGAAUACCUUCAUUUAUCAGCCGCAUCAAUGUCAACAAAGCUUUCUGAUUGCGUCACCGGCGCCAACGGCCAUCCUGUUGCCCUCUUCGCCCACCGGCAUCUCCCCCAGAGGAGGGAGGAGCAAGGAAAGCCUGCCGCCAGGAGGCGCAGGUGGGCACCUUGACUAUUUCCUGUCCUGCAGAGGAUGGAGACAGUACAAGUAGGGGGAACACCUUUUUCUUUUUCUUUUUCUUUUUUUUUUUUUUGUGUGUGUGUGUACUACAUUGGUAAACACAUAGCCUUCUUCAGAGACAAACUGUCCUAGCUUGUUAGUCACUUUAUCUUCUAAUAUCAAAAGGAGAAAGCUGCAAGGGUGCAAAGGGCCUGUGCCAGAAGAACACACACAGGGAAACUUUUUUUUUAACCAAGUGUAUAGAAUAGUCAUUUUUAAACUAAAAUAGAAAAUUGUGAUAAAAUGGCAGUCAUCAAAGGCGUGACAAGUUCAUCUUUCUUUCACCAUAGGGGUUAUAGUUCUUUGGCUUGUGCUACUCUGGAAUCAUUUUACUGUUUCUGUUUUUAUUCUCUUCAGUGCUAAUUAAAAAGAAAUAAAAUUUUAAAAAAAACCCGUAGUUUCAUUACCUUUUUGAAUAAUGUCAUACAAAAAAUGUAUUUGUGUUUUUUUGUGCUGUGAGAAUUGCUGUUUGUAGAUUAAUAUCAUUUUGUUUAGAAUUACAAAAUAGUUUUUAAAUAUUGUCUGAGAAAAGCCAAAGUUAAUGCAACCUAGUGGAAACUGUAAGACCAUUUGAGUAUUGUUUGUUUUAAUGAUGCAUUUGGAUUUUGUUGUUUGAUGGAAUUUGAGCCAAAAAAAAAAAAAACACGCAGGCUUUCCUAUUUCUACAACUGAUUGUACUUAUGCAUUUUGUACCAGUGGAACUUUUUAUACUGGAGAUUAAAAAAAAUGGAAAUUUUUGUGGCUUCCUCUAGUGGGCCCCUGACAAUGACUGACUUCAAGUUUGAUUUCUGGUUGACAGGAAGAAAGUUGCUUUUCUUUCGAGAAUUAAAAACUUUGGCUUGAUUCUUUUUUCCCUUUGCUUAUAUCUAGCAUUAGAAUUUUGUCUUAAAAUACAGCGGUAAGUUUCACUUUUUAUUCUGUAUUGUGCAGUUACACAAUAAGGUAAUUAGACUUAGAAGUACUCAGUCACUUUAAGUGGAUAAAUGUAUUAGUUAAACUUUAGGGGUUUGCUUUUUUGCUGUUUAGAUCAAAGUUUUUUCUGAUUCUUCUGUCCUCAUUGUGAACAUAACCGUGUAGUUGAAACAGUCAAACUUAUUUUUGUAAUGUAUGUUAUUGUGUGAUGCAGUUUUUUGCUUCUGUCUCCAAUAUUAAACCAUUUUCCUAAUACUUGUUUCUCUCUCUGCGUGUUGUAUUGUUGGUAGUCAUUCUGUGUUGGUGAUGCAUCUACACACUUCACUGUUUCACGUAUCUGUUCUUUUCUCUAUGUUGUGUAAAAAGAUACAGUCGAUUCCACCUAAGUGAAUAUCUGAUUUGGGGACAGGGGAAGCUGCACACCAGCCACCUUUGAUUUGUGUACAAUAGCCCACUCUAACCACUGCUUCCAAGAUUACUACACUUUUUCUAUGGCUCACAUAAAGAACUGCCUACAGAGCUGUUAUGGUCUUUUGGCUACACAGGUUAGUGCCACCUUCUCUUCUCUCCUGAACUUUCCCUCUCCUCCCCCUCCCUCCUGAGUGUGUGUAUAUAGAAGCUAUCUGCAGUUCUUAAAGUCAGAAACUGCUACUGCACAUCCUUGGGGAGCAGAAGUCCUGGGCUUUCCUCCCUACCCGAGGCCGUAAGCAUAGCAUUACAAACUGGCCGUUUUCAAAGGGGUGAGCACUCAAGGGAAAGAUGUGCAAAGGGUGCGGUGUCAAUCUGUGUGUGGCCAUCCAUCAGUACAUUGGUACAGAAAAGUAACCUGUUUCUUGGGGCUAGCUGAAUCCAGGAGCAACCCGAAUCCUUAAAACUCACAGAAGAGGAAAAGAAGUAUUCCCGAGUGCUCAAAUACAAACUGGACCCAGUCUGGGGGGAGAAGUAAAGGUUCUCAAGCUCACGUCCUCAGUUUGUUGUCCAUUUCCACGUGAAAACUGAGAGUGCCAUACGCAUCCACACCCUCCCUCCUGGAUAAACACAGUCAAUGAUCCACGUCUCAAAAAGUCCAAAAAACUCAGCUCUUCCUUUCGGGCCCUCUUUUCCCCUGCCCAUCUCCUACGCUCAGGAAUCUGAUUGCUCUUAAAGUGCUCUUAAAAGAUUCCAUCAGUGUUGGCUCCCCGUGUCUUCUCUCUCCUUCCAGCUUUUCAAACGCACAAGCUCUGUUUGACUCAGGCCGCCCGGUACCUGGCAGCCUUCCUCUGGGUGCCAGUGCCAUUCUCCCUGCAGGUGCUCAGGCUCCUGACUCUGGUUUCAGCAGCCCCUCUGGCCCUGAUUGUACUUCCUAGUUGGCUCAAUGAUCGAUGGGGCCUGGGGAGGAGGAGGAAAGGAGGCUGUUACUCCCAUAGGCCGAACACCUCCGUGGUAAUGACCUCCAGCAGCUCCAAACCGCACAGAUGGGAGCUGACUUCCUGCUGACGCUUCUGCUUUAAAUCUCAUCAGCCUUCAUCAGUCUGCCUCUGAAAACCCACUGCUUACAUCAGUGGGGAAAGAUGGCUGAGGGUGUGAUUCAUUUUUUAUUUUCUUCCUUUCGUGGGGAGUGGAUGGGAGGGUGGGUGGGGGAGGGUGAUUCAAUUCUUUCCAAGAUGCAAGUGUUUAUUUUUUAAAUAUACAGGUACAUGUACCCAUUAUUUAGCAAAAUACUAACGCUAAGGAAAGGAAGGGAAAGGCACAGCCAGUUCUCCAAAGAAGGGUACAAACAUAGUAGUUCCUUUAGGCACUUUGUCCCUGCUUAAAUUCAUACUUAUAAUUUUGAUCUUGUAAAACCACAUUGCAGUGUGAGCAAGGUGUAUGUUUGCCAUGCAUGAACCACCUUGGGAAGUAAGAACCGUCAUCAUUGACCUUGCUGAUGGAAGCCACAGGUCUGCCCGGCCCACAGCGGUUGCGCUCAGUCUGUGGGCUUGGACUCUUAGCUAGCAGGCUAGGAAACACAGUGAACAAAAAUGUACUGUGAAUCAUUCCUGAUAAGUGAAUAAAAUGUUGUGACCAAACAAUCAGCUUAUUCACUUAUCAGGAAUCGACUGUUCUGCUAAUUUGCUGUUUUUGUUCUUCAUCUCUGUUGUAGUUCACUAUUUUUGCUGUGUUCUGUUUUCUCCUCUCAUGCUUGGGCAAAAUCACUGGGAAUAUUCUCUUCAUGUGACCAUGAAACGUUUUUAUCGAGUGAAAAAUGAUAUCUUAACAAAAUCUAUGCACUUGCUAUCAGGAACACAAUACUGGAUGUGUCUUAUAUAUAUUGAACUAUAUAGUAAUCAAUUUCUUAAAUAAAGCUAAAGAAAGGA